GCUUGAUUGGUGUGGAUCGUCAGCUGUGUGCCGGCAGGGACAGAGCCUCCUGCCGCUACUGAAGAUGCUGCUAACUUUCUGCUCGCUGUUCUUCCCCUUGGUGGCUUCCAUCCAUCCAGAAUGCAGAAUAUUUCAACAGCUUAUGAAAGAUGAGAGUCGAUGCUUGGGGGGAAACGAAACUCUCUUACCAGAUUUUAAAGGAUGUGCAGGCGUUUGGGAUGGACUAAGUUGCUGGCCCAAAGCUACUUUUGGACAGACCGUGACGCUCGCAUGCCCAGGAUUUUUUGAAGAAAUCACCAGCAUACAUGGGUUCCUGCACAGAAAUUGCACUCCAGGCCUUUACUGGUCGGAGCCAUUCCCCCCAUAUCCAGUUGCCUGCGGGUUUGAAGAGAGUUUAACAAAGGGGCCAGAAGAUCAGAAAUCAUACUAUUCAACAUUCUGGCACAUCUACACCGCAGGCUAUGCAACUUCCCUGGCUUCGCUCAUUACAGCUCUCCUCAUCUUCACCUUCUUCCGGAAAUUCCACUGCACACGGAAUUAUUCACAUGCAUCUGUUGUCUCCUUCGUCCUGAGGGCAGCUGCCGUUUUCACCAAAGACACCAUUUUGUUCUCCGACGACAGCAUGGACCACUGCCUGAUGUCAACGGUGGCAUGCAAGUCUGCCGUUGCUUUCUUCCAGUUCAGCAUCCUAGCCAACUUCUUUUGGUUGCUGGUCGAGGGCAUGUAUCUGCAAACCCUACUGAUGCUGACCUUUGUGUCAGACAAACAGUACGCAUGGAGUUUCAUCCUGAUUGGCUGGGGGAGCACAGUGAUCAUAACAUUGAUAUGGAUCUUGAGCAGGAUUUACAGACAGAAUACUGGAUGCUGGGAUGAUGAUGAGGAGAGCUCUGCAGUCCUCUGGAUCAUCAAAGGACCCGUCCUAUUAACCGUCAUAAUGAACUUUGCUAUCUUUCUCAACGUCAUCCGGAUUUUGGUGCAGAAAUUAAAAUCUUCAAAGACUGGAGGAAGGCAUACAAGGCAUUUUGUGAGACUAGCAAAAUCGACGUUGCUGCUCAUCCCUCUCUUUGGGGCUCACUACAUCAUCUUUGCCUUCUUUCCAGAGAGCAUUGGGAUGGUCGCCAGGCUGUACAUUGAGCUAGGCUUGGGUUCCUUUCAGGGCUUUGUUGUCGCUCUCCUGUACUGUUUCUUAAAUGGAGAGGUCCAGGCCGAGUUCAAGAAAUGCCUCCGGAAGUGGCACUACCGACAUUACCUCAGCUUUGCCCGGGUGCAUCGGAGCCUCUCCAGAGAAAACAGCCCUGUUAAUUACGUCACACAGUUAUCUAUGCUGGACAGAAUCAGUCCCAAGAGGGGUGCCUCUCAGAAUGGCCUGUCCUCUGUCUGAAGAUGUA